AUGGCACAUUUUUUGGAAGUAUCGCAGCCGAAAGUUUUGGUCGCAGAUGGGACCACAUGGUCUACCUUGUUCGGUGCAGCGAGGAGGCAGGGCCUGAGUGGACUGCGGUCUGUAUCAUUGCACGGCGCUCGGUCUCCGUUCGAGAACGAUAUCAGUGCCGAGGUGGUCUUCGACCAGAAUACCUUCCUACCAGCACUCGACUUAUCGCAAAGAGAUAGCAGGGAAUACACGGCUGUUGUGUGCUUUAGUUCCGGCACAAGUGGUAAAGCAAAGGGUGUCGAGCUAUCGCACUACAACUUAGUAGCCUCUAUGCUCAGCAUUCGAUCGACCGAGCCUCACUACUGGGAUGCCAGUAUUCGCGGUGUGUUCUUCGCGCCCUUGUGUCACAUCUAUGGUCUCGUGACCGUCGUCCUGAUGGGAACGUGGAUGGGUCUCUACACUAUGCUUCAGAAGAAAUACACACUCCAAUCCUAUCUCGAAUUAUCUGCCCAAACCCAGUCAAACGCCCUCCGCAUCCUCCCUACCAUCGCCGUCCAAAUUUCCAAACAAACCUCCUUCGACCUAUCCCGAUUGCAAAAUGUAAAAUACAUCAUGUGCUCCGGCGCCGUCCUACCUACGCCCACCAUCCGGCAUUUUCGAAAACACCUUCCCAAUGCCCCGAUCUUCCAGGGUUACGGCAUGACAGAAACGAACAUCACGAUGUUAAAGCCCGAGUCCGCGCACCGCGUGGGGUCAGUCGGGAAACUUUUUGCAGGCAUUGAAGCAAGAAUUGUAGACGAUGAGGGCAGCGACGUAGCAGAAGGGGCGCAGGGCGAAAUGCUUGUGCGUGGGCCGAGUAUAUUCAGGCGUUACCUGCGGAAUAAGGAGGCCACGAGAGAGACAUUCGAUGGCGAGUGGAUGAGGACGGGAGACGUGGCAAGGGUGGAUAAGGAAGGGUAUUGGUGGCUUACUGAGAGGAAGAAGGAGCUGAUCAAGUAUAAAGGGUACGUUUCGUGA